UUAAAUUGUUACCUGCUUGCUUUUAAACUCAUUAAACUGAGAUUUUUUCAUCGGAAAUCAUAAAAUAAUACGCCGUGUCCAUUACUGUUACCUACACUAAUCAUAGGCAGCUGCAUCGAUAGUUCUCUGAAAAUUUGCACAACUUUAUGACAGGCCCUAUUAAAUUUGCGUGCACGUUUACCGUAUAUAAAAGUCAGGAUAAGGUAUUUGGGAAACUAGUUGCAAGGCAGCAUCCGUCAACAGCGCUUAGACAGAGUCAGCGAAUCUACGCAAAAAAAUCUAACGUUCAAGGAUGGCCAGCAUUGAAACAAGUCUAAUUUUACAGCGGCUAAACAGCCUGAAAAUUGUAGAAACUCCAAAACAGCCGCAGCGUGAUAACGGAAAACGUGAAUGUUACUCGGAGGACGUUAAGAAGCCGCAUGUACCUGCUACACCCUGUUCUGGCGCCGUCGGAUUUUUAACGGAAUUGAAGAAGCGACGGAAAGUCAAACUAAAUCGGGUCUAUAGCUAUGAGAUGGACAAGCAUUUUGUUAAAGCACGCAAAUCACUUAAUUUUUAACAUAAUUAAUUUGUACGGAUGUAAUCACUAGUAUU